AUGUCGUCAACAAAAGAACAACAACGUGUGAUUCUCGUCACAGGUGCAAAUAAAGGCAUCGGAUUUUAUGUCAUCAAACGACUUUUAGAUCGAUCUGCGUCAGCUAAUACAACUAUUUUACUUGGUAGUCGUGAUUUAGACCGUGGUCAAAAUGCGAUCGAACAAUUAGGCAGUCCGUCGAAUGUUCAUCUUCUACAAUUAGAUGUUUCGUCCGCGCAAAGUAUCCAUCAGGCAGUGAACACUAUCAAAGAAAAGUACGAUGGUCAUUUGGAUGUGUUGAUCAACAAUGCUGGCGUUCUUACCACAGAUAUGACAGUUGAUGCUGCUCGACAAGGGUUUGCUGUUAAUUAUUAUGGUGUUAAAACUUUGAAUGAACAACUGCUUCCUAUAAUUCGAGAGGAUGGACGGAUUAUUAAUGUAUCCAGUCAAAUUGGUCCCAUGGCUUUGUAUGAAUCAUCCAUUGAACUUCAAAAGAAAUACACAUCGCCGUCAUUAACGGUCGAAGAACUGGAUCAACUAGUGGAAAAUUUCAUUUCAGCGAUUGAAACAAGUACUCUCGAAGAUGUUGGUUACUACAGUAAAACGUAUCCCGCUAUUUAUGGUAUAUCGAAAGCAGCAUUGAAUGCACUAACUCAAAUUGAAGCACGAGAAUGGAAUUCUGCGAAAAAUCGACUGGUCCUUUCGGUUUCUCCCGGAUUUUGUGCAACCGAUAUGACUAGCCAUGCAUCCAAUGCUCGCUCUCCUGAACUAGGUGCUGAUUCGAUUUUACAUGCUAUCUAUACGCCUGCGAAUGAACUACACAAUGGUGGAUUCUAUCGUGAUGGCAUAGAACUACCACUCAUAUCUGAGCCCUCGACAUAA